AUGGAUGACCUCUACGAUGAGUUUGGCAACUAUAUCGGCGAGGCCGAGGAGGACGAAUCCCAGCAUGGAGACGUCAGGCCUUCCACUUACACAUACGAUGAGGAGUCUGAGGAAGGUGAGGAGGAGACGGCUGAGGAUCAGCAGAUGAUGGAAGUGGAUGAAGGGCCCUCAAAUGCGGUUAUUCUCCAUGAAGACAAGCAGUAUUAUCCCACUGCGCAACAAGUAUACGGCGAGGAGGUAGAGACUCUGGUUCAGGAGGAGGAUGCGCAGCCACUCUCUGAGCCCAUUAUAGCGCCCGUUCAGCAGAAGAAGUUUACAGUGCAGGAAGCCGACCUGCCACCCGUCUUCUAUUCGCGCGAAUUCAUGACAGAUCUUCUCAACUACCCAGAGCAGGUCAGGAACGUGGUAUUCGCGGGUCAUUUGCAUCAUGGCAAGACGGCUUUCAUGGACAUGCUAGUGACGCAGACGCAUGACUUGAACGAACGGCUAGAGAAGCGAACAGGCAGACGAAGAGACGAGCAAUUGCGCUAUACUGAUGUACACCUUCUGGAAAGAGAGCGUGGCUUGUCCAUCAAGGCUGCCCCAAUGACUCUCGUCCUGCAGGGUACAAAAGGGAAGUCAUUCCUAUUCAACCUGCUCGACACCCCAGGACAUGUGAAUUUCGUGGAUGAGGUGGCUGCAUCCAUGCGACUGGCCGACGGCGUUGUACUAGUUGUGGAUGUCGUCGAAGGAGUUCAAGCAAACACGGAGCAAAUCAUCAAGCAUGCAGUGUUGGAAGAUCUUCCGUUGACGCUAGUAGUGAAUAAGAUGGACAGGUUGAUUCUCGAGCUCAAGCUUCCGCCGAACGAUGCGUACUUCAAAUUGAAGCACGUGGUGGAAGAAGUCAACACCAUCAUUGAGAGGACCUUGCCAGGACAGGGAGAAACGAGACGGUUGAGUCCCGAGAAGGGAAACGUCGCUUUCGCUUGUACCUCUAUGGGGUGGUGUUUCACCUUAGAAUCGUUUUCUAAGAUGUACUCUGAGACAUACCCCAAGGUUGAUGCCGCUGAAUUUGCCGCUCGUCUAUGGGGAGACAUUUUCUUCAACCCAAGAAGCCGAAAGUUCUCCCGGAAGGGAAUGGAGGAAGGCUCCAAACGGAGUUUCGUGAAUUUUGUCUUAGAGCCCAUCUACAAACUCUACUCCCACACCAUCAGCGACAGCCCAGAAGACCUGAAGGAGACUCUGGCUACAUUGGGCAUCCAAUUGAAACCAUCUCAGCUCAAGUCUGAUGCGAAAGUACUUCUCAACCUGGUUUGCGCCCGGUUCUUCGGGUCGGCUACAGGAUUCGUGGAUAUGGUUGUCCAGCACGUUCCCUCCCCAGUAGAAGGGGCCCAGAAAAAGCUGGAGAGAUACUACACUGGUCCGCUUGACACGAAGCUGGGCGCAGCUAUGGCCGCUUGUGACCAAGACGGACCUUUGGUUGUCCACGUCACGAAACUCUUUAACACCACUGAUGCCUCGAGCUUCAAUGCGUUUGGACGAGUUAUGAGCGGAAUAGCUCGUCCGGGCCAACAAGUGCGCGUUCUCGGAGAAGGAUACACGCUGGACGACCAGGAAGACAUGGUCGUUGCGACUAUCUCGAAUACCUGGGUUGCCGAGUCCCGUUACAAUAUUCCAACUAGCGGUGUGCCCGCUGGAAACUGGGUUCUGCUUGGCGGUGUUGACAAUUCGAUCGUUAAAACAGCAACCCUGGUACCAUUGAAGCUCGAAGAUGAGGAAGAUGCCUACAUCUUCAAGCCGAUCCGGCACUUCACCGAGUCUGUCUUCAAGGUCUCGGUGGAGCCCAUCAACCCGUCUGAACUGCCCAAAAUGCUUGAGGGUCUACGCAAGAUCAACAAGAGCUACCCUCUGAUCUCAACGAAGGUGGAAGAAUCUGGAGAGCACGUCAUUCUAGGCACUGGAGAGCUGUACAUGGAUUGCGUCCUCUACGACCUUCGCAGGCUGUAUGCCGAAAUGGAACUCAAGGUAUCUGAUCCGGUGACACGCUUCUGUGAGACAGUUGUCGAGACGUCGGCAAUCAUGUGCUACGCUAUCACACCCAAUAAGAAAAACAAGGUCACCAUGAUCGCAGAGCCAUUGGACGAAGGUAUCGCUGAAGACAUUGAGAGUGGCAGAGUCAGCAUCAAGGAUCCUAUCCGCAAGGUCGCGCAGUUCUUCGAAGAAAGAUACGAUUGGGAUAAGCUGGCUGCCAGGAGCAUAUGGGCCUUUGGUCCAGAUGAGAUGGGUCCAAAUAUCCUUCAGGAUGAUACACUACCGUCCCAGGUCGACAAAAAGCUUCUGGGAACGGUAAGAGAUUCCAUUACUCAAGGUUUCAGCUGGGGUACAAGAGAAGGCCCUCUGUGUGAAGAGCCUAUCCGUAAUACAAAAUUCAAGCUCACGGACGUCUCCCUUGCUGAGCAGGCUAUUUUCAGGGGAGGUGGACAGAUCAUCCCUACAGCUCGUCGGGCUGUCUAUUCCUCAUUCCUCAUGGCAUCUCCGCGUCUGAUGGAGCCAAUUUACCGCUGCGCCAUGACUGGACCAGCAGACGCUGUGGCAUCAAUCUAUACUGUCCUGUCACGCAGACGAGGUCAUGUCCUUUCAGACGGGCCUAUAGCAGGAACUCCUCUUUACUCCGUGAGCGGCUUGAUUCCAGUGAUUGAUUCCUUCGGAUUCGAGACGGACCUGAGAAUCCACACGCAGGGCCAAGCCACCGUUAGCUUGGUGUUCGACAAAUGGAGCGUUGUUCCAGGAGAUCCGCUAGACCGCGAUGUGAAGCUCAGGCCGCUUGAAAUGGCCCCACCAAUGGCGACUGCCAGAGACUUUGUGCUGAAAACCAGAAGAAGAAAGGGCUUGGCAGAAGAUAUAACCGUCAGCAAAUUCUUGGAACCGGAACUCUGGAAGGGUUUGAAAGAGAGCGGAGUCCUCGAGGGAUAG